CCAGAGGGCCACGCGGCCGCGGGCCCUUCAGUUCCCGGGACGACCCUGGCCCGCGGGCGGAAACUGGAGCUCCGGAGGCCGCUGGAGCUUGGAGCAAGCGUUGCCCGGUCGUCGCGCCGAUUGUACCCACCACUUCUUUCUCCGCGCAACCGCCGCCAUGAAGGACUCGCUGGUGCUACUUAGCCGCGUCCCGGCGCACCCGGACUCCCGCUGCUGGUUCCUGGCCUGGAACCCCGCGGGGACCCUGCUGGCUUCGUGCGGUGGCGACCGUAGAAUCCGCAUCUGGGGCACCGAGGGUGACAGCUGGAUCUGCAAGUCUGUUAUUUCUGAAGGCCAUCAGCGCACUGUGCGGAAGGUGGCCUGGUCCCCUUGUGGGAACUACCUAGCCUCUGCCAGCUUUGAUGCUACCACCUGUAUUUGGAAGAAGACCCAGGAUGACUUUGAGUGUGUAACCACUCUUGAAGGCCACGAAAAUGAGGUCAAGUCAGUGGCUUGGGCCCCAUCUGGCAAUCUCUUGGCCACCUGUAGCCGAGAUAAGAGUGUAUGGGUCUGGGAAGUUGAUGAAGAGGAUGAGUAUGAAUGUGUCAGUGUCCUCAACUCCCACACGCAAGAUGUCAAGCAUGUCGUUUGGCACCCGAGCCAGGAGCUGUUGGCCUCUGCUAGCUACGAUGACACAGUGAAGCUCUACCGGGAAGAAGAGGAUGACUGGGUGUGCUGUGCCACCCUUGAGGGCCAUGAGUCCACUGUGUGGAGCUUGGCCUUUGACCCUAGCGGCCAGCGCCUGGCAUCUUGCAGUGAUGACCGCACUGUGCGCAUCUGGCGUCAGUAUCUGCCAGGCAAUGAACAAGGGGUGGCAUGCAGCGGUUCUGACCCCAGUUGGAAAUGUAUCUGCACUUUGUCCGGCUUCCACUCCAGGACCAUUUAUGACGUUGCCUGGUGUCAGUUGACAGGGGCCCUGGCCACCGCUUGUGGGGAUGAUGCCAUCCGAGUGUUUGAGGAGGAUCCCAGCUCAGAUCCGCAGCAGCCCACCUUCUCCCUGGCUGCCCACUCGCGACAGGCCCACUCCCAGGAUGUCAACUGUGUGGCCUGGAACCCCAAGGAGCCUGGGCUCCUGGCUUCCUGCAGUGAUGAUGGGGAGGUGGCCUUCUGGAAGUACCAGCGGCCCGAAGGCCUCUGAGCUACUGCAACUUUGGAGAGUCAAGGUUCCCCAGAAAGUCGUGAGACCUUCCUAGUCCUCAAGGACCUGGAGAAGCUUCCUUGACCUUCACCUCUGUUCGGACUUGGGUAGAAGUGUGGAGCCACAGGACUUUUCCGUCCUUUGACACGAGGGCCUUGGUAAAGAGCCACAGAAAUCAGUA